GGACAAAUAACGGAUCGAAUACCGACGGGUUGGCCGAGUUGACCAUCCUUGUUGAUCUGAUGAUCUCCCACUUUACUCGCACAAAAGCCAAUUUGAAUCAGCAGACAUAUUCCAAAUCAAUCAUUCAAAGAAGAACAAAGCAUAUUGAAGAAGCAACGACGAGGUCGCCCAUCCAUGGCGGUGACCAAACCCAAGGGCUCGACCCGGAGCUCACAGGCCACGAGCUCGAGAGUUUGGCUCUACUCUUCGUUGCUUACCAUACAGUACGGUGUUCAGCCUCUGAUCUCCAAACGCUGCAUUAGACGAGAAGUUAUUGUGACUUCAUCUGUUGUGGCAUGUGAGGCUGUAAAGGUUAUUUGUGCUCUUAUACUCAUUGCAAGAGAAGGUGGUUUGAAGAGAUCAUUGAAGGAGUGGACUUUAGUUGGUUCACUUACUGCAUCAGGACUGCCAGCAGCUAUAUAUGCGCUGCAAAAUAGUUUGCUUCAGAUUUCGUACAAAAACCUUGAUUCGCUAACGUUCUCCAUGCUGAACCAGACGAAACUAUUUUUCACUGCUCUUUUCACGUAUAUAAUAUUGGGGCAGAAGCAAUCAAUUCAGCAAAUUGGGGCCCUAUUUUUGUUGAUAAUGGCAGCUGUUCUUCUGAGCAUCGGUGAAGGCUCUAGCAAAGGUUCAUCUAGUAGUGACCCUGAUCAGAUUUUGUUCAAUGGAAUAAUUCCUAUCUUGGUAGCAUCUGUACUAUCUGGCCUGGCUUCAGCUCUGUGUCAGUGGGCUUCUCAGGUUAAGAAACACACGUCAUACAUGAUGACUGUGGAAAUGUCUGUAGUUGGAAGCCUGUGCCUGCUGGCUAGUACCUUCAAGUCUCCAGAUGGGGAAGCAAUCAGACAACAUGGAUUUUUCUAUGGUUGGACCCCGCUAACUUUGAUUCCUGUGAUAGUCAAUGCUGUUGGUGGAAUUCUUGUUGGCCUGGUUACAUCCUAUGCUGGUGGCGUCCGAAAGGGAUUUGUCAUUGUUUCCGCACUUCUUGUCACAGCCUUGCUGCAAUUUAUGUUUGAUGGAAAACCACCUUCACCAUACUGCCUUGUGGCUUUUCCACUCGUGGUUUCUAGCAUUUCAAUAUACCAGAAAUACCCAUACUGGAUCAAGAAGAAGGAAUCAUAACUGUCGCGACUCGCGAAGUUAUGGCCAACAUUACAUUUUGUUCAAAAUUUUUCUGACUUUCUGUGGAAGGGAGUUCCUGAAGUUCUUUUGGAGGUGUACAAGUGACUACUACUAGCUUAGGGAAUCUUUGCUUGCUUUUAUCAGAUUCAUUACCGUUGGAAUUGUACAUUGAUUGGGCUUAUGGUCCCUUCCAAACUGGCAUUUGUAGAGUGAACUGGAAGACAUUAAUGAUAUCCAUCAGAGGUCUGAAUGACACUAGUCCAGCGAUCUUACUGUCAUAAA